UGACGGCCGUGGCGAAGCUCGGAUAGCUGCGGUGCUCUCCCGCUCUCAGCCCCCGCGGCGCCCCCGUUACUCCUUGCCCCCGACCGCUCCGACUCCACCAUGCCUAGGGGCUUCCUGGUAAAGCGAACUAAACGGACAGGCGGCUCGUACCGAGUGCGCCUAGCCGAGCGGGUCUUCCCCUUGCUGGGGCCCCACAGGGCGCCACCCUUCCCCGAGGAGGCUUCCAGUGCCCCCCAGCCCAGUGCCGAGCAGGCGGCAUCCCCCGCCCCGGAGGAGGAGGUGGCCCACGAACUGUCGGGGUCAUCCUGUCAGGCAGCGAGGGUGAGCCCAGGGGCGGGCGGGCGGAAAGGCGCGGGGUGGAGGGCGGAUGGCAGGGAGGGUCCCGGGCCCAGCCCCAGCCCCACGAAGCCAGCCGGCGCGGAGCUACGCCGGGCGUUCCUCGAGCGCUGUCUCAACUCGCCUGUCUCUGCUGAGUCCUUUCCCGGGGGAGCCGCCGCCGUGGCCGCUUUCUCCUGCUCGGUGGCGCCAGCAGCCGCACCGACCUCGGGGGAGCAGUUCUUGCUGCCGCUCCGGGCACCGUUCCCGGAGCCCGCGCUCCAUCCGGACCCUGCACCCCUCUCGGCCACCCUUCACGGCCUGAAGCGGGCCGCCGGCGGCGAGCGCCGCGCCAAGGCACCUCCCGGCUGCGCGUCUGGACCCUCCGCCGCGGUAGUGAAGAAGCCAAAGGCCAUGAGGAAGUUGAGCUUCGCCGAUGAAGUCACCACGUCCCCUGUCCUGGGCCUGAAGAUCAAGGAGGAGGAGCCCGGAGCGCCGUCCCAGGGCCUGGGGGGCAGCCGCACACCGCUGGGGGAAUUCAUCUGCCAGCUGUGCAAGGAGCAGUACGCAGACCCCUUCGCUCUAGCUCAACACCGCUGCUCCCGCAUCGUACGCGUCGAGUACCGCUGCCCUGAGUGCGACAAGGUCUUCAGCUGCCCUGCGAACCUCGCCUCACAUCGCCGCUGGCACAAGCCCCGUCCUGCGGCGGCAAAUGCCGCCACAGUCUCCUCAGCCGACGGGAAGCUGCUGCCUUCGUCGGCCUCGUGCUCCCAGGAUGCUGGGGCUGUUGCGUCUUAUCUGGCCGAGGGUAAGGAGAACAGCCGGGCAGAGCGAACUGCGGAUCAGCACCUGCAGGCCGGGGACAGCUCCAGAGCGGAGCAGCACCAGGACAGUGCCCGGCAUCAAGGCCUCCAGGUGUUGUCCCACCCCGACCCACCGCUGCCUCAAGUCCCUUAUACGGAGGGGGUAUUGGGGCGCCGGGUGCCUGGGCCGGGCAGUGCCAGUGGUGUUGGGGGCCCCGAGAUCUUCGUGUGCCCAUAUUGCCACAAAAAGUUCCGUCGCCAAGCCUAUCUGCGCAAGCACCUGGGCACUCACGAGGCGGGCUCGGCCGGCACACUGGCCCCGGGCUUUGGCGCCGAACGCGGCGCCCCACUCGCCUUCGCUUGCCCGCUGUGCGGGGCGCACUUCCCGUCGGCAGACAUCAGGGACAAGCACCGGCUGUGGCAUGCGGUCCGCGAGGAGCUGCUCCUGCCCGCUCUGGCCGGGGCGCCCCCUGAAGCACCGAGCCCAGGCGGGGCAUCCGACGCGAGUGCGCAGCAAAUUUUCUCUUGCAAGCACUGCCCGUCCACUUUUUUUAGCUCCCCGGGGCUGACCCGGCACAUCAAUAAGUGCCACCCCUCAGAAAGUCGGCAGGUACUGCUGCUGCAGAUGCCACUGCGGCCGGGUUGUUGAGGGCCAAGAGCCGAGGAAGAUUGUGAGGCUGGCCUUGGAGGAAAGAGAUCAUGGGAAUCUCUGUGGGGAUUUUUUCAACUUUCAAGUUGACUGUCAUUCCUUCAUUUUCUCUCCUAAAACUCCCAGUAGUCAAUAUUCCGCCAGAGGAGCGGACAGCGAAAUGUAAAAUCUCUGUAGAGCAGGUAUGUAUGUGGUAUAAACUUUCUCGGUCAAGAACCGUCAGCUUUAAAUCCUUCUCACUUUCCCCGCGAAAAUAGGAUUCCACCCUUCGUCCCCCUCCACCCUCACCAAACUCUGCAGAUCCUAACGAAUACUAUAUGACUUGUAAUUCCUAUGGAAAGUCGCAGUGAAUGCGUG